AUGUCCGCAAAGGUCACACUGUCCUGUUACGAGAAGGACAGAAGCUGUGAACGUGACGUGAAGACCAAAAUCCAUCCGGCCACAAAGCUGCCCAGCUCCGGCUCCGCCAGAGUUCCCCCCCUCGGGACCUGCAGUGCUGCUGAGGGCCACUCUCUGCUCAGGGCCUCGCCGCACCGCACCGUGAGGAACCACUGCUCCCCGCCCUCUGACCUGCCACUAGCCUCUGGGCAGGAGGCCCCACACUGCGACCCGACUCCGCCACCGAGCCAGCUCGCCCGAGCCAGCUCGCGGCUGGGCGCUGAAGGCCGGGUGCAAGCUGCUGUUCGCCAGAGCGCAGACUGGGAGGAUGCCGACGCCCCCAAAGGGAGAGGCCCCCAGGAAGCCCCUCUCUGCCACACCGGCGACCGGGUCCUCGCACCUAGGGGCAUCCGCAGCGCCGACACACCCCGCCGGCCGCCGGGACUGCAACGCCGCGCCCCUCCAGAUCCUGCCUGUCCCAGCUCGCGAGACCCCCUGGACCUUCACGAGGGCCGGGAGGGCAGCGUGACGCUCCAGGACGUUGCCGUGCGCUUCUCCUGGGAGGAGUGGGGCCUCCUCGACCAGUCUGAGAGACGCCUGUACCUCGAUGUGAUGCUGGAAAACUUUGAGCUCAUCUCUUCUCUGGGUUGCUGCUGUGGCGCAGAGGCUGCGGCGCCCGCCUUGGAGCAGGGCGUUUCUGCAGGCGAGUCUCAGCCCCACGCUCCCAAGGCGGCGCCUCCUUCCCAGAAGACCCACCCCUGUGAGAUGUGUGGCCCGGUGUUGAGAGACAUUUUCCUCGUGACUGAGUACCUGCGAACACAGCGCGGGCGCUUGCUGCUGAGGUGUGGGGCGUGUGCCAGACGGUUUUCUUUUGGGGUGAACUCGAGCGAUGGCCGAGAGCGGCACAUGGAGGAGAAGGCCCCCAGGCGCAGUGUGGACUGGUCCUCGUUCAUCAAGAGCUGCGGCGUCCAAGUGUCAGAGCACCCCCCUGCCUGCCGGGAGGUUGGGCCAGACGUCCUGGCCGUUGUGGGACCGCUGCAGCCUCCGGUCGCUCGUUGUGGAGACGAGCCAGGCACAGCCACCCAGCGUGGGGCAGCGGCACAGGGCAGUCGGAGCCGUGGCGCCCCGGGAGCACGCACCAAGGCCUGCAGCACCAAGCGCCCGCUUGUUCAGGACCAGGGAGGCCACGCGGGAAGGCAGAGUUUUGCGUGCAGUGACUGUGGGAAGACGUUCAGGUCCGAAUCCUCCUUUGCCGGGCACCGGACAGUCCACGCUGGAGGAAGAGCCGGUGUCCCUGGUGAACGCAGUGAACCCGUUAGCCAGAGCCCCGGCCUCAGUGAGCAUGUUCGAGUGCGGGCGCGCGCGAGGAGGCGCCUGAGCCAGGCUGCGCGGCUCUCCCGGCCCCGGCUGCGGCGCGGCGGCGAGGGCGGCUCUGUGUGCAGCAAGUGCUCCGUGCCCUCUCCCCACAGCCCGAAGCUCCUUCAGCACGGGAGCGCGCCGACGCGGGAGAGGCCGUACAGCUGCCACUGCGGGAAGUGCUUCACCUCCACCUACAGCCUCAGCUGUCACCAGCGAGUCCACACCGGCGAGCGGCCCUACGCGUGCGCCGAGUGCGGGAAGGCCUUCGCCUUCAGCUCUAACCUCCGCUACCACCAGAAGGUCCACAGGGGGGACAGGCCCCACGGCUGCGCCGAGUGUGGGAAGUCUUUCAUCACUCGGGCCGCGCUGUCUCACCACCGCAGGCUGCACACCGGCGAGAGGCCUCACUCGUGCGGCGAAUGUGGGAAGUCUUUUAACAAAAGGUCGACGCUCAUCCAGCACCUGAGGGUUCACACAGGCGAGAAGCCCUACGCGUGCGGCGAGUGCGGGAAGGCCUUCACCUCCAGCUCCAGCCUCCGCUACCACCAGAGGUGGCACGCGGGCGAGCGGCCCUACGCGUGCGGCGAGUGCGGGAAGGCCUUUACCUCCAGCUCCGGCCUCCGCUACCACUACAGGGCUCACUCGGGGGAGAGGCCGUACGCGUGCAGCGAGUGUGGGAAGGCUUUUUCCUCCAGUUCCAGCCUUCGACUGCAUCGGAGAGUCCAUGACGGAGAGCGGCCGUACGCGUGCAGCGAGUGCGGGAAGGCCUUUACUUCCAGUUCCGGCCUCCGCUACCACUCUGGAGCCCACACGGGAGAGAGGCCUCACGCGUGCAGCGAGUGCGGGAAGUGUUUUUCCUCCCGGUCCAACCUCAGUUUACACCAGCGAGUUCACACGGGAGAGAGGCCUUUCGCGUGCUCCGAGUGCGGGAAAUGUUUUACCUCCAACUCCCAUCUUCUCGUUCAUCAGCGAGUUCACGCGGGAGAACGGCCACAUGAGUGUAGUGAGUGCGGGAAGUCUUUUGCCUCGAGCCCCUGUCUCCGCUGUCACCAGAGGAUUCACGCAGGCGCAAGGUCCUACGUGUGCGGCGAGUGUGGGAAGACGCUUCCCAGUCGCUCCAAACUCUGUUUCCAGCAGCGGGCCCACCCCGGAGCGCGGCUGCAGGAGUGCGCCUCGGGAGAGUGCGCACACUAGAGGAGAGGCUUAGAUUUUAGCAGGAGUGCGGUUUCCUGUCAGCACGACUUUGCACGCGAAGACACCGGGCGCGCUCCCGUCUGAAUCGAGGCUCGUGCCGCUGAAGGAUCGCGUGGCGUUUCCCCGCAAGGUGCAGCUACGCGGGAGGCCGUGUGUUGGUGUUGGGCUUUCUGACCUGCCCGGGCUCUCGCUAGGUUUCUGUCUGUGCGUCUGCGUGUCGGGCUCGUGUCCCCGCUGCCACCAGACAGCCGCCCGCAUGGCCCGCGCCAGCCACCCCUCAGGGAAGGCCACUGCACUUUCGUACUAGAGUAAUGAGCAGUCGCCUGACCCUGCAGCAGGUCUGUUUUCCCUCAGCUACCUUGGGCUUGAACCUCAAUUGGCGUGACCCAGACCACAUCCACGAGUUUGAAGACCCACAGUUUUCAGAUCUGUUGAUUUUCGUGUUACCUGCAUGAGUGUGUCCGGCUUCCACGCUCCUGACUGCCACCGUGGCCCUGGUGGCUCAGGAAGGAGGUCUUCAGGGUCUGCGUGCGCUCGGCUGUGAGGGGAGAGCAGCUUUCAGAGGCUCCACUCUUUGGAGCAGACGUCAGAAAGGAGCCUGCUGGCUGUCCGCGAAUUUGUGUCGUCGCCCACACACACAACCUCCUUCGGGAGACAGCGGCAGCGGAGCCUGGAUGUCGUGUGCUGUGUGAGGGUGACCGCAUGGAGCAGUAGGAUGUGUGUCGAGGGCUGCUGAGAGCAGCCUGCUUCUCUCGUGUUGAGACGGCACGGUGCGCCAGCUCCCGGCUCUGGCGGGGGUGUCCCUGCGGCUGUGGGAAGAGCCACGUGGCCUCCCGUCCCAGACAUAACUGGGGAGGGUCCCGGGCUGGGCCGCAGCCAGUACAGAAGCCGGGGGGCUGCAGCCAGCCGGGGGGGCGCCGCUGGGACAGGCGCGUCUGGAGGCAGCCUGCCGGGCUGCAGGCGGCUGGCCUCAGGUCCCGGCGCUUCCAGGCAGCUUCCCCUUGGGUAGCUGAGGCCGGCAGAGGAAGGGCCGCUCGCGGGGCAGUUCCUGUGGCCGCCCCUGGCUGGGCAGGAAGGGGCGGCUCACGCGGCAGGGGUGUGACCUCGUGACCUGACAGCGCGUCGCCAGCCUGGAAGUGCCCUGGCCGGGUGCCCCUGGCCUGGUGCCCGCGGCUGCUCCUGAGGGCAGGCCCGCCCCAAGGGCCCGCGGCAGGGAAGUGCAGUCCAGUACGCGGGUGCCGAAGGCCUUUUCCUAACAUUGGGACGCGCAGGUUUGUCCUUUCAUCAUGAGUCAGCUCUACGGACUGCACCGGCCGUAAUUUACGUGCCCACGCCGCACCGUUGGAGCUCUGCACGGAUGAGGUUUGACAGGUGCAGACUCCUGAGACCGCCCUGUUGGCCCCGCAGCGCCGCUCCCGGCCCCCUUCCCCUAAGCACCUUCGCUGUUUCCAGCUUCUCACUGCUGAGGGGGAGCAGCCACCACGUGAGCCCGCCGGGACACAGCGUCUCCCGGUGAGCCCGAGUGUGCGGCGGGAGAAAUGUCCGCUGCUGAGAGCACGCUGUGGUCCGAGCCCUUCGUACCCCUUUGCGUGUACCGCGUGAGCUGCUCUUGUUAAACGUUCUGCCGACACGG